GUGUCAGUGUCUGUCGCCGUUGCCAUGGAGAAGUUCUUGCUCCGACCUGCUUGCACGUUAGCUACAGAAACAACAAAAUGACAAAGGAGAUGGAAACGGAGACAACGUCGAUAGAAAAUGAUAAGCAGACAAAAUGUGGAGCACCAGAGACGUCAGAGACAGCGGAAGAAAGAAAAAAUAAAAAGUUUGUGAGCCGCGCUGAAAGUUUAAAUCUUCACCUGAAGGUUCGUCCUGACAGUGAUGAGCAGCCCGAGAAUGAUGGCGUCUCUGAACCCCCGGGACUUUUAACCUUAGCUGUACAGAGAUACGAAGGAGAAACUUGUGAGGGACAGUUUCAUGGAGAAGGUGUUGCGUGCUUUAAAGGAGGCCAUGUAUAUAAGGGCAUGUUUUCUCAAGGGCUUAUGGAUGGACACGGUCUCUUCACACAUGCAACUGGACUAAAAUAUCAGGGGGAAUUUGUUUCCAAUAAGCUCAUGGGCCAGGGCACCUACACAUGGCCAGAUGGCAGCUGCUAUACGGGGGAAGUCUACAAUGGUAUACGACAUGGGAUUGGAACCUUCCAAUGUCCCAAAAACCAUGUGUCUUACAGAGGGCAGUGGAAUCAGGGCGAGAGACAUGGAAAGGGUACAGCGUAUUACAACGAGGAUAAGACCUCUUGGUACAAAGGAGAUUGGGUGAAGAACAACAGAGAAGGACGGGGAGUGAGAUGCUACCCCUCUGGUAACAUUUACUCUGGCGAGUGGAAGAACAACCUGAGACAUGGAGAGGGAGUGAUGAAAUGGCUGAAACAAGGACAGGAGUAUGUUGGUACCUGGCAGGAUGGAGUCCAACAUGGUCGAGGCACACAUGUCUGGAUCCUGAAGCGAGCGGAGGAAUCCCAGUAUUUUCAGAGCAAUCAUUACAAGGGGGACUUUAUUCAUGGUCAGAGGCACGGACAGGGAACCUUUUACUAUGCCAGUGGUGCAAUCUACGAAGGAGAAUGGAGGAACAGUAAAAAACAUGGGCAGGGCAAAUUCACUUUCACUGAUGGUCGUGUGUUUGAAGGAGAGUUUGUGGACGAUCAGAUGAUGACUCCCAGCCUGAGAGCUCCCACUUCCCUUGGUGCAUUUAUUAUGUCAGGUAGUCAUUUAUCUAUGCUAGGACCAGACAUGACUCUGAGCAUUGAGUGUCUUCUGGACAAAAUCCCUGAGAGAAAGCGUGACACUGAGUGCAAACAGGUGGAGUUUGUGGUGCUGAGGCAGGACAUCGAUCUGAGGUCUAUUUAUAGCUUCUACAGCAGACUUGGCCAUGCUCACUCCUCGGACAACACCUUCCUGCUGUCCCGCCUGCAGCUCUGGCGGCUGCUCAAAGACUGUAACAUCCACCAUCACAAUAUUACUCUGGCACAGAUAGACCGUUUUAUCAGAGAGGAUGCUGGUUCAGCAGAGAUUCAUUCUCCUUUCACUCCCAUCCUGCUUCGUAAUCUCCUCAGCUGUCUUGUGAUUGUGGCCUACCACAUCUACCAUAAAGACAUGAUUUUACAAAAAAACCUUCUGGCUGCCUGCUUAUCCAGACUGCUGACAGACGACAUCCUUCCCAAUGCAAAGAAUGUAAAAGGCUUCCUGUUUCGGCAGCCACACCUUGCAGUGGUGGCUUUGAACUACAUGAAGAGGUGCUGGGAAGUCUACCAGGCUGACUGCAGGGUCAGAACAGGCUCCGCAGAUGACCUGACUAUGACCUGCAGACACCUGCUGUGGAUGUUCAAGGAUCUCCAACUACUGGACCAUAACCUGACCACAGCAAAGUUGAUGGACAUCAUCACUGCAGAGAGCUGUGACUCCAGCAGCCGAUCCUCCUGCCUGGAUCUGGAGAUUACAUUCCUGGAGUUUUUUGAGGUACUUCUAGGCUGUGCAGAAGUGAAAUGUCAGCAGGUUUGUGAAGUUCUGGAGGAGGACGGACCCCUGGCGAGGUCUGACUCUGAGGCCAUGACGCAUCAACCAGAGAUGGAGGCCAGCGAGGAGAUGAUGAAUGCUACAAUGAGUCCCUCCCAAUCGUCAGAGGAUUUGACUGCUCAGCAUGUGGGAAGUCAAGAUACCAAGAUAAACCUCCAUGAGGCAUCGUCAUCUGCAGAGCACACAGAGGACCAUAGUGAAGGGAACGGCAUGCAGAUCAGCAGAAUGGAGACCAAAGACCAGGAAGUGGAGCUCAGGAGCCAGACAGUACAUCACUUCUUUAACCACAUCUUCUUCCAAGCAUUUGACCAUCACCAGCUAGUGACCAGAAUUAUAGAAGAGAAACACCGCCAAGAGGCCUAGAGAUGCAUCGCUCUGUCCAACGUUCAACAAAUAGCGAGGUAGAACACUUAUAUGAAGUCAUUGCUAAGAUUUUUCAGGCAGCAUUUAGUGCAUCACUGCUUGUUUGAUUCUAUCAGGUACAAUGCUGGUUUUGUUCCCCCCAAAGGACAAUCUUUUUAUUUUCACUUGAAACAACUUCCAAAUUAAAACAAGAAAUGAGAUGUGUUGACAUAUGUAGAAACUGAAUCUGACUUAAAUCAGAUUUAAAUUUGAAUUGGGAAUUUAUCUUGGCAUAAACAUUUAUUGCUGUCCCUCUGUAGGUUUCUUGGAUGUAGACUGUCUCAGCACUUGUUUCAAAUCAUUUUUCUGCCGUUCCUUUACUGACAUUUUUAUAUUUUAAUGCAAUAAACUGUGUAGUGCUCAGUGCUAUACUGUGUUGUGCUGUAGGGAGAAAGGGCAAUAGGAGAAAGACAAACGACACCGGAUGAUAAAGAUGCAGCAAUAUGAGCAGCAAAGAAACCUGAACACAGGAUGAAACCGACUGGUCUGAACCUGUACCAUCCUCAGUCUGAAAACUAAAAAUACAGUGUGUAAUUUGCUGAUUUGUGUGUGGAUAAAAAUGAAGAGCAAUGAA